AUGUCUAAGCAAUUAGUUUUUCUCUCAAUUGCAUCAAUAUUAAUAUUCAUUUCGGCAUACUUUUAUUUAUCCGAUUCUUAUUCAAAACUAUUACCAUCAUUUGCCAUACACCAACAAAGUUCUACUAUACAAAGUAUAAUCAGAUCAACGCCUGUGAUCGAUACUGAUGAAGAUUCAAUUCUAUUUUCUAAAUCUCAAUACUUGAAUCAAACCUCAAAUCAUUCACUCGAUGUUAUUCUUUUUCUUGUCGCAAGCUACUCCGGCGAUGUUCGCACUGCUUUCAAUCCCUAUCCAAGGUUACACAAGAGAAUUGCUCAACUCAGCCAACGUCUCAACGACAGCAACGUCACCGACAUCAUCAUCUUUCACACCGGCUAUCCAUUUCGAUCGGACUAUGUUCCGAUUUUCGAUGUCACUCCUCGUCACGUCGAGUUCGUGAAUAUCGAUCAUUUGUUCAACAAGUUUCCACGAGGAUUCGAACCUCAUCGUCGCGAACCGACAUGGUCGCAGCGAGGUAAGUGGAACUAUCAUCACAUGUGUUACUUUUGGUUCAAACAAGUAUUCGAACUGAAGAUCGUCCAUCGAUAUCGAUACAUGAUGCGACUCGACGAUGAUUCUCAGCUACUAGAACCGUGGCCAAAUGUGUUUGAGAUAAUGGCUAAAGAACGAGCGGUAUACGUGGCAAAUCACAAAGUAUUCGAUUAUGAAUAUGUAGUGCCUGGUAUAUUACGCAUUCGUAACUUCACUACGGAAUACAUACGGCAAAAUAAGAUAGCACCUCAAAAUCCCACAAUGAUAGCGGAUAUGUUUACUAAACCACAGGACAUACCGGUCAUAUAUAAUAAUUUUGAAAUCGUGGAAACAUCUUUCAUGCGACGAAAUGAUGUUCGACAUUUUAUUAAUGCUGUUGACGAAACACAAUAUAUAUUUCUCUAUCGUUGGGGUGAUGGACCUCUCAGAUAUGUAACGGUAGCGCUUUUUAUUAACUCAACAAAAAUAUUAUAUCGAGAGCAUCUCCGUCUUGGAUAUUGUCAUCCGUGUUGA